AUGACGAAAAGAUUGUUCAAUGAUUCUGAGCGAGAACCUGAUAAGUCAGACGACAAACGGAUGAGAAAUAAUGCUACUAGACCUUCUUUUGCUUCAGUAAUUGGAGAAGUGGUCAUGAGCAAAAACAUUGAGAAUCUUUUCACUGCCAUGGAACCUUUGCUUAAAAGAGUGGUGGGUGAGGAAGUUGAGCGAGUAUUGAGACAGUGGUCAUGCUCCUUUACUAGGUCUCCUUCGUUGAGGCUCCAAGCAAUGGAGCAACCAUCAAGCUUGCAACUAUGGUUCAGCAAGAGACUUUCCCUUCCAAUUUUCACAAGUAGCAGGAUUAUUGACAUUGAUGAGAACCCCAUCAACAUAGUUCUGAUGGACAAAAGCAACAAUAACCAAAUGGUCCCAACAACUCUACCACAUGCCAUCAAACUAGAACUGGUGGUUCUUGAUGGAGAUUUUUCUCCUUCUGGAAACGAGGAUUGGACGAGUGAUGAAUUUAACAGACAUAUAGUGAAGGAGAGAAAAGGGAAGAGACCUUUAAUUUCAGGAGAAUUGAACCUGAUCAUGCGAGAUGGAGUUGCAUCAACUGGGGACAUUGAGUUCACUGAUAACUCUAGCUGGAUCCGUUGCAGAAAGUUCAGAGUUGCAGUGAGGGUAGCACCAGGGAGUGUUCAAGGAGUUCGGAUUCGUGAAGGAAUGACUGAAGCAUUUGUUGUCAAGGAUCACCGUGGAGAAUUGUACAAAAAACACCACCCUCCAAUGCUUCAUGACGAAUUGUGGCGUCUGGAAAAGAUUGGUAAAGAUGGAUCUUUCCACAGAAAAUUGUCAUUCCACGGCAUAAAAACAGUUCAAGAAUUUCUUAAACUAGCAGUUGUUGAUACUCCGAAGCUAAGACAUAUUUUGGGCAUGGGGAUGUCAGACAAAAUGUGGGAAGUCACAAUCAAGCAUGCAAUGACUUGUGACUUGGGAAGCAAGUUGUACAUUUAUAGAGGACCACAGUUUACUGUUUUUCUGGAUCCAAUAUGCAAAUUAAUUAGAGCAGAAGUUAAUGGACAGACAUUUUUCAACAGAGAUCCAAUGAGUCAUUUGAAUAAGUCCUAUAUAGACAAAUUGGUGAAAGAAGCAUACGUGAGAUGGCAUAGUUUGGAGGAGAUAGAUGGGGUUCUGAACGAUAACAUUGCUGUGUUAACCCAAGGUGAUCAAACUGCUGCAUCUGCAGUCACAUAUCAGCAGAAUCAGUAUUACAGUGACAAAUCUGCUAGCUUUGUUGCAAACAACAACACACAAAUGGGAUGCUGCGACUGGUCACUUAAUCAAGCUUAUAGCCCAGCACCGUUUGCUAAUGCCUUUCCUUUUAGUUUCUCAGGAUCACAAACAGAUGGAACCGCUUCAGGUUCUAGCUCUGUUGAUGUUGAUGGGGCCAGAAGGCAGAAUUAG